CCUCAUUCAUUCACAAACAGCAUUCAGCAGCUGCUUUCCAGAAGACUCGCUUCCCUCACAGACUGAACUCUUCAUCAUCCUCAUGUCUGUGCACAGCUUCUACUUUAAGCGCUCUUCCUCUUCCUCACUCUGGACUUUAAUCCUGUGCUCGGCUUUGACCGUCUGGACUCCCGUUCAAGGUGAGGUUCUGGUGAUUGGUUCAAAUCUUCCAAUCAUCGCUGCUCCUGGUGAUGAUGUGAUCCUGCCGUGUCACCUGGAGCCCAUGUUUGAUGUUCGGGGUCUGACGGUGGAGUGGUCCCAACCCGACCUGAAGCCCGACCCGUCAGACCGGCUGAGACGAGUCGAGUACGUUCACCUGUACCGGGACAUGAGGGAGGUCCCCGACAUGAAGCUGGCAUCGUACUUCAGGAGGACGGAGCUGUUCAUGGACGACCUGAAACACGGGAACAUUUCACUGAAGAUCCUGAACGUGUCGGAGGAAGACAGCGGCAGAUACAGAUGUUUCAUCCCGAAGCUGCGGAGCAGAGUGAAGGCCGCCAUCGUUCAGCUCGUAGUUGAUCCAAACUUCACUAAAACCUCAACAACAGAGACGCCGCUGCAUCACAGAAACCUCCAAACUCCAGAUCCUCAAGAUGUGACUCCAGGAAAUGCAGGUCUGUCCACAGCCUCUGUGGUCGUCAUUGUCGUCGCCUUCAUAUCAGUCGCUGCUUUUGUUGCAUAUUUUUCUCACCGCCUUCAUCUGAAACAAACUAAGCAUCCAGAGGAUGAAACACAAAAGCAACCACUACCAGUCUAGGUGCCUUGCUCAAAGGAGCGUUGGUGUGAAUAGAGCUGAGGGAUUUCUCUUUCCUGGACCUUCAGUCAGAUUGUAAGCCUGAACUUGCUGCUUUGUAUCAGUUCAUAUCACAGAUAAAAGGACACAAAGUGCGUACUUGUCGUCUUGCUCAUAUCGCUGUCUGUGUUUCCCUCUGUGCU